UGUCAAACUAAAAAAAUCAAUUAAAGUAAAGGUUUAGGUUAUUCUUACUGAUUUUAAAUAUAAGUAUAGAGAAUUACCCAUAAAAUACUAAUUUAAAGUCAUCUUAAGUUAAAGAAGGAAGAUAUGAACAUUUAAAUAUCAGCUUUUAUUAUUAUUUUAAAUAAUCGCUGGUACGUAGUUUGGAAGUGUUGUUUGUCUAAAUUUCGCUUUGUUCGUGAACUGCUUGGGGGUAUGUCAGAUACUCCCCCAGCUUCAGAGACACGUCAACCGAAAGUGAGGAAAACAAGACGAGAAUAAAAAAAACGCAUAUCUUUGGAUAUAUAAACAUCUGUCACAAUGAAUAUUCGGUGUGCUCGUCCUAGUGACCUGAUGAACAUGCAGCACUGUAAUCUACUGUGCUUACCAGAGAACUACCAGAUGAAAUAUUAUUUCUAUCAUGGUUUGUCAUGGCCACAGCUCAGUUAUGUAGCUGAAGAUGAAAAGGGUCACAUUGUCGGUUAUGUUCUUGCAAAAAUGGAGGAGGAUGGUGAAGACAAUCGCCAUGGUCAUAUAACUUCUCUUGCUGUUAAAAGAUCGCAUCGACGACUUGGUCUUGCACAAAAACUUAUGAAUCAGGCAUCACUUGCCAUGGUGGAAUGUUUUCAGGCCAAAUAUGUAUCACUACAUGUAAGAAAGAGCAAUAGAGCUGCAUUGAAUCUUUACACCAACUCUCUUGGUUUUAAAAUUUUAGAAAUCGAACCAAAAUACUAUGCAGAUGGUGAGGAUGCAUACUCUAUGAUGAGAGAUCUAAGUGCAUUUACAGCUGACAGUAAGUCAGACUGUCAAUCAACUGAAAAUUUAGAAAUCAAGUCAGAAUCAGCCAUUGUGUCACAGUGUUAAAAAAAUCUGUUUAAGGCAAUAAUAAAUGUUUUAAAUAUAACAUGUUUUAUUCAUGGAAUUAAUAUAUUAUAAAUACAAAUUAAACUCUUGAAAUACUUAAGAUUUUUGCGUUGUAGCCACUGUUAUCUCUGUAAAUAAAAUGUUAGCAGUCUUUAACAAGGCAAUUCAACGAUCACACAGUAUCAGCCUGUAAAAUUCCCACUGCUAAGGCAUCAUCCCUUUGGAGGUUUAAAGCAUGUACCACGCUGCAUUGAUGCAGGUUGAUGGAAAUCAACAGUCAAAUCUUUCUAAAAACUCUAUAGCAAAUAAACUGUACUGUAUUUCUUUGCAAAUAAGAUUUAGAAAAUAAAUUAUUUGGGUUUUAAUAAAGCUUAUAUCUGUCUGAA